UACACGGGCCUCCUUCGCUGCCAAACCCUCAUCUCUCUUCUUUGUUCUUAGCGUCUCCCUCGCUCUCUCCUCUUGCGGCGUGGCUAUGGCGGCGUUUGAGCAGCUUGGGUUUGUGCUGUGAUCGUCUUCGUCUUUGUGUCUUCCACGCAGCAGCUCAUCGUUUUUUCGCUCGGUUUCGCUUUGAGAUCGCGGCUGUCGAGCUUUCAAGAUGAAAGAGGCCAGUACCAGGGGACGAGGGCGGCCUUUGGGCUCGACAAAGAAGAAGGACGGCAAGGACGCGAAGCCUGAGAAAGAGAAGAAGCUCGCUGUGAAGGACGGGAAGGCCACCAAGAAGCAAAAGAAGAAGGAAAAGAAGGCGAGCAAGGACCCCAAUCUCCCAAAGCGUCCCCCCACGGCAUUCUUCGUCUUCCUGGAAAGCUUUCGGCAACAGUACAAGGAAGAUCAUCCGGAUGUCAAAGGCGUCGCAGCGGUUGGAAAGGCCGCUGGUGAUAAGUGGAGUAAGAUGAGCGAAAGUGAAAAGGCCGUGUACGUCAACAAGGCCGCCCAGCUCCGGGCCGAUUACGCCGAGUCCAUGGCCGCUUACAAGAAGAAACAAGAUGACGAGGAGCAAGAAGAUUCGAAGGAAAACGAGGAAGAAGGCAGUGCUGAGAAUGAAGAGGAGGACGAGGAUGAUGACUAGAAGAGAAUGGGUUUGAUAUGUGUACAUCAGAUUUUAGCUGUAGGAGUUCUUUAGGGGAAAAGAGGGAGAGCGUAGGAAUCACAAAUUGUCAAUGGUUCUUUCUUUCUUCCUUUACUAACUUCCAUCAAAGACAAAUUCUUGGCUCAA